AUGUGUGUGAAGAUCACUCUCUGCCUGACGCUUGUCGUCUCCAUCAAUGCUCACGUAUUGAGACACCAUUCAGUCAGCUUAGAACCACUGGAUUCUAAAGGUAUUACCGUUGAAAAUACAGUGGGAUAUAAAGCAGAAAAGCAUCCACCAACUUCAUUUCCGAAGAACAACAUCGACGACCAGGAUAAAGAAAACCAAACCAACAUUGUGUUUCCUGUCUCCGAAGAGGACAUCGAAGAAGUAGCACCUCUUGCAGAUUUUACACCAUCAUUAGAAGACCGCAACGGUGUUCGUGUUGGCCAUUGUCCAGCAGGUCAAGUCCGACGGUCGGGAUAUUGUGUAGACAGCGAUUACUAA